CAGCCCUGUCCUGGGCACACCGGCUGCGACCUGGCUGGGCCGGCCGAAGAACCAGAUGAAGAGGCUGAAGCAGCCCCUGGAGGACCACUGGCCUACACCACCAAGCCUCCCUUGUUGCCCGUUGCCUGGCAUCUCAGGCCCAGACCCGUGCCUCUCCACUUUCUCCUGGUUUGGGUUGAAGACACUGUCCGGAAUCCUCCAUGGAAGGAGAGCCCUCGACACACGACCCAGCACCCUCCAGCGUUCAAAUCCCUCCACAGCCACAGGGACACCCAGCACACGUUCCCGCGGGACAGGCCGGACCCAAAGACUCUGGACCAGGGCCGCCCCCUGCGAGGAGGGGCAUGCCCUCCCGGCCUCUCCUUGCGUAGCCACCCGCCCUCUGACUGAUGGACUUCACUGAUCUGAGGCUCAGACACGUGGGCUGGACCCCUACCCACCCCUCAUGAACCCUGAGACUUGGGGGAGCCGCCGAGCCUUCACUUGUCCACACCUGAGGAGUGGGCUCGGACACCUACCUCACAGGGUUGUUGUGAGGAGCGAGC